GUAUGUAUCAUUUCAGAUGUUCCUGUUAUUUUGUCCACCUCGUGGUUCUCGUUGAUUAAUUCUCCGUGUAAUCGGCUUUGUUCGGCAUCAGUCCAUGAAAAUCAUUUGCUGCUUUAUAAACCUUGGAUUGUUUCUCUUUGAACCCCAACAUGCCACAAAGAUUUAGAAACACUUGCUAAGCAGCCUGUGAUAGAUCACCUCUCCCCCCCCCCCCCCCCCCCCCCCUCUCCCUAAACACACCCGGCGGUGUAGAGACUCUUGUCAGCUUGCCAAGCAAUAGACACAUCCCGGCCAAAUCAUGUAGAGGAGAGCGGAGCAUUAAGCUUUGGCCAGAAAGCCGGCUGCACACCAUGUAAUCCCCUGCUAGUAGCUGCCGGCCAGAGGGAGAGGCCGCCGCCGGGCUACAGUUCAGCCCGGCUGGCAGCAGCGUUGUGCUUUGGCAGGUGAGAUCGGGCUUUGUAAUAGCUGAAGUGGUUGAUAAUAACAUGAAUGGCUCGCAGGGUCGAUGGGGAAUUGGCAAAAAACAAAAACAAGAUGGACACACAUGCAGUGGGUCAAUGAGUAAAGCCAGAAAAAUAAUAACAAUGUCCAUCCCAGAUAUUCACUUUGAUACGACACAAAGCAGAGACCAGCAGGACGUCUCCAUAUUUGAGUUAUUUCAGUCAGUCAGUAGUUUAAUUACAACAAAUAUCAAAUAAAGGUGUCUUGCAGUCGAUGCUGGCGAGGGUCUACUUCCUGUGUACUUAUUGUGCAGCCUAUUUUACACAUGCGUUUGUGAUUUUCUGAGACAUUUCCCACAAUGCAUUGUUACACAACUGUGACACGAAUGCAACAGCAGCGACAGUCUGCCCCCCUUCUACUCGUAUUAAAGCUGACGUUCUUUACGCUGCUAAUUGUGCUGAUGGGGACUUGAUGUGUAAAUCAUCUCGAGGAAAGAACGAGACCCUGAACGCAACUUGCAUUAAAUGAUUAAAAGCUACAGGGCAGUUUCCUGUUUCUCUUUUUUUAUCUCCUACCAGUAGACCCUCACUAGCACUUACUGAAACGAGCUCAAGGGGAUCAUAAAAAGUGUCAACACACGAGUAGGCUCAUAAGCUAUCGUGGAAUAUAGAUGUGCAUCAUGGCACACGAUUCAAUAUGUUGCUUUUUAAAUCGUUUUAAACAGAUUAGUUCCCAAAUAUGAUCAAAACCGUGCGUGUAAACACACAGCUGCAGUGCGUAGUGUGAGACGUGAGCUUCAGGAAAGUGGUGUUUACUGCAGAGAAUAAGGAAGUUAUUCACAAAUACAAAUUGAGAAGACGUUAAAAGCAGCUUUCGUCACUUCAACGCAAUAUCUUGUUUUGUCAUAACACACAUUUAUCCCACAGGUUUUUUUUUGUCGUUAUGGCCGCCUCCUUUUUUUUAAAACAAACCUUUAAUCUACCACCUGCUGAUCGGCACCUCUUCCCUUUUGAAGCACUUGAAAAGAGGUGUAGUAGAUGUCUCCCCACAGUCACUGUGUCUCAUAGUUCCUCGACAACCCUCUUCUCUCCAACAGACUCAGACAGGCAGGCAGACCUCCAUCAGCCCCAGUACAGACAUCAUGGAGUGAGUGCUUGCUGCUUCAUGACCCCAUCACACUGUGUAUCCUGCUGUCUCAUGUCCACUUCUCGUGGCUCCUGUCUCCCAAGUGCAAACACACAUUUAGUGUGUCCCGAUGGCCAGCAGUAACGUGACUAACAAGACCGACCCUCGCUCCCUCAACUCCCGCGUCUUCAUCGGCAACCUCAACACCCUGCUGGUCACCAAGGGAGACGUGGAGGCCAUCUUCUCCAAGUACGGCAAGGUGGUGGGCUGCUCCAUCCACAAGGGCUACGCCUUCGUCCAGUACGCCAACGAGAGGAACGCCCGGAACGCCGUGGUCAGCGAGGACGGCCGCAUGAUCGUGGGACAGGUGCUAGACAUCAACCUGGCAGGAGAGCCCAAACCUCACAGAUCGAAGACGGUGAAGCGUUCAGCGGGAGACAUGUACAGUUCCUCUGUUGAGUUGGACUAUGACUUCCAAAGAGAUUACUACGAUAGGAUGUACUCCUACCAGUCCCGGGUGCCUCCUCCCCCUCCGCCCCUGUCCCGGGCUGUUAUCCCCUCGAAGCGUCCAAGGGUCAGCGUGAGCGGUGGAGGGAGCCGACGAACCAAAACCAGCUUCUCCUCCUCCUCCAAGACCAGCCAGAGGACGUCCCGUACGAGUACGUACCACAAUUAUAUCAACUGUCCCGCUCCAACACACCCGCAUCAGUGCCGUAAUGACUUUUCCACUGCUUCUCCUCGCACAGUGAAGGUAGAUGAUCUGCAGACCAUCAAGAGAGAGCUCACGCAGAUCAAACACAAAGUGGACUACCUGCUGGAGAGCCUGGAGCGCAUGGAGAAGGACCACAGCAAGAAGUCAGAGAUGAAGAUCUGCCAACCAGAACCAGGCGAGGUGUCCCCGCUCAACUCCUCCACCUCCAGCAAGAAAGGUGACAGCCUGAAACGGGGCAUGGACGACUCAGAAGAGGAUGGAGAUCUGCUGGAGGAUGAGCACGAGAUGAAAAGCAGAGGGAGAGAGGAGGACGAUGAGGAAGACGACGAGCAUGAGGAAGGAGAGGACGACGGAGAUAGCGCCAACGGAGACGAGUCCUAAACACUACACACACACACACACACGCAUACACGACACAAAUUGUGUAUGAUUGUACCUCCACACCAGACGUGCACACACUGGUCAUCUGCUCAUACCUGCUGAACUGACUUUUACAGUAUAUACAGUGUAUUGUAGACAUUGCUUUCUCACACACACACACACACACACACACACACACACACACACACAAAUUCAUAAAUAGGUUCAAGUACUUGUUUCUGGAUUUUCUAGUUUUCUUUCAAGUUGGUAAUUAGAUUGUUCCCUGACAUUGUUUUAUUUGUCUUUUUUAUGGAUAUUUUCCGCCGUUGGAUAAAUGCAAACUCUGUGUUACACGUAGACACAAUGCAAGUUCAGCCGAGGAUAAAUGUAACAUUGUGCGUCUGAACUCCAGUAUAAAAAAUGACAAGAGAAAUGUUUGUUUUGUUUACUUGAUGUCAAAAAUAAUUGAGCUCCUGGCAGUAGCUUGCAUUGAAACAAAAGCAGAAUAAAAAUAUGCUACGGUUUGAAUUUAAAUCCGGCUUGAGACAAAAUACCAGACAUGGUACUACAGUCCAGGCUUGAAAAUAACAUUUCAAAUAUAUUCCUGAUCCAGCUGCUGUAUAGCUGCCUUGUAACCAGCAGGUGGCAGUGUAUAAAAGCAACACACUGCUCCCCUUCUGCCUGUCGGAUAACACCAGAACCAUGUUUGUUACCAAGGUGAUGCAACCUUAACUGAUCUUGUUGUAAUGCAGUGCUACUUCAUGUUUGUCUCUUUCUGUUGAUGUUUUUAUUUUUUUUUGUCUUUCAACUGCACUGGUUAAAGUGAAUAAACAUGUUUUCCAAGUUG